GGUUGCGAGAAGUCGAAAGCAAUUUAACCCUUCAUUUAUAAAACGAAAAAUAAAGAGGAAAGAGGGAAGAAGAAGGUAAUGGAUCCAGGCGAAUACGCAGCGGCUGCGGCUGCGGCUAUAAAAUGAUCCUCAAUCACCAUUCCCCAAAUGACACACCAUUCGAUGCUCUCACAACUUGGAGCCACAUAUUAUCGAGUUUCUCCUGUGGGUUCCAAUGGAGACUCGAUGAUACUCCUUGUUUUCCAUUGAUACCCUUUACCCAGAUACACCAAUGGGGGACACUUCCAGUUACAAAGAUUACGUCGCCGGUCUGAUUGCCGGCGUUGCCACUGUCGUUACCGGCCACCCUUUUGACACCGUUAAGGUAAAGCUUCAAAAGCAUAAUACCGAGUCACGGGGGAUUACAUAUCGUGGUGGUCUGCAUUGCACUGCUAGGAUACUGAAGACUGAUGGGGUGAGAGGACUUUACCGAGGGGCAACAUCAUCUUUCAUUGGAGUGUCUUUUGAGAGUUCCCUUCUUUUCGGAAUAUAUUCCCGGACUAAACAUUCAUUGCAGGGAAGCGACCAAAAUGGUAGGCCAAGGCCACAAGUAGUAAUUCCUUCGGCAGCUUAUGGUGGAGCUAUUAUCAGCUUUAUAUUAUGUCCUUCUGAGUUGGUGAAGUGUAGGAUGCAAGUUCAAGGUACUGAUUCUCUUGUUCCAGUUUCAAGUAGAUACAGUGGUCCAGUCGAUUGUGCCCUUAAAACUAUAAAAACAGAAGGGGCUACUGGUCUUUUCCGCGGAGGUUUUACAACAUUUUUAAGGGAAUCAAUUGGAAAUGCUGUAUUCUUUAGCGUUUACGAGAAUGUUCGCUAUUACAUGCAUUCACACUUACAUUCUACUUCAAAUUCAAAUGUCCAUGGCAACUUAAUGGACAUGGGCAUUGGGAUUUUGACUGGUGGCCUUGGUGGUGUGGGUUUCUGGUUAGCUGUUUUGCCCCUGGAUGUUGCAAAAACUGUAAUCCAGACGUCUGCAGACAAAAACGCCACCAGAAAUCCGUUUCUAGUUUUGAGAUCGAUAUAUCGAAACGCUGGGAUUAAAGGAUGUUAUACAGGAUUAGGUCCAACAAUACUUCGUGCAUUUCCUGCCAAUGCAGCAGCAAUUGUCUGCUGGGAGCUAGCAAUGAAAGUUCUCGGUAUCCCCCGAGAUUAGCAACACUUAAUUUGGUUCAUCCCUCGACUUUCAAAUUUCACAUCGUCUCUUAAGUUAUAUUCUGUGAUCCUGCUAUUGUUUCAAAAGAGGAUUAUUGAUUGUAGACUCAAUUCUUUUCAUUUUGUUCAAUUAGAGUGAAAGUAAAUGGAAAGAUUAUAUGUUCCAAA